AUGUUUGUCAAGAUCAAGCUCGUCCAACACAACAGGAACAGGAGCAGCCGUAAAAGUAUACUAGUUUCGUGGAUAAGGGACUGCAUAAGAGCCUCUGGCGGAUGUGCGAGCAUUGCUUCUGGGGUGUUGUACUGCUUUCUCAUCACUUUUCUGCCUGCUCCUAACUUCGCUGAAAUGAGACCAGGGCCAAGUCCGGUACCAAGGAAUAACUGCAAGUAUGGACAUACCGGGGGCUAUUUUCCCAACGACUGGAUUGAUAUCUUCAAGCAUCAAUUAAAGGAGACGUGCAACGUGCAAUUGCAGUACAAUUGCUAUACGCACGAUACUGCGGAUUAUUAUGCAUACUUGAGAGUAUACGAAAAAUCCAACGUAAUUCAGUACUAUUCUUACGACUAUAUCUUGAGAGGAGCGUUUAAUUAUACAAACGGAACAGGUGUAGCUAAAGAAGUUGUUGAAGCGUGGAAAAAAGAAAAAUUUUGUAACGUAAGUUUGUUCGAAAUAGAAAUUUUGAUAGUAUAUAGUCUUAAAAUGACGAUCAAUUGA